AAGUGCUUUCCAUAGGAAAGCGUGUGUUUUGUCGCUCACUAUAUGUAUAGUAAAGCCCUCUUUGGGUGGCUUUCGUUGAGAACUCACGACUGGUUUGUCAUUAGAUCCGACAAAAUGUUUGAAUCACUUCUUAACGCAAUACCACAUCAUAUGGACUUUGAUGGCCAGCGAAGAGCCGAACGCUAUUUCCAACUCAUUAUCGUUGUGUUUGCCCUGUCGGGUCUGGUCUGGGGUUAUGUCGUCCAACAGUUCUCGAUGACUGUCUACACUCUGGGUGUGGGCUUUGUGUUGGCAUCACUCCUAACCCUUCCUCCGUGGCCUAUGUAUCGCCGUAAACCACUUAAUUGGCAAAAACCCAAAACCGGUGAUUCCGACUUUGAUGGCCAGCGAAGAGCCGAACGCUAUUUCCAACUCAUUAUCGUUGUGUUUGCCCUGUCGGGUCUGGUCUGGGGUUAUGUCGUCCAACAGUUCUCGAUGACUGUCUACACUCUGGGUGUGGGCUUUGUGUUGGCAUCACUCCUAACCCUUCCUCCGUGGCCUAUGUAUCGCCGUAAACCACUUAAUUGGCAAAAACCCAAAACCAGUGAUUCCGGCGCCAAGUCUUCAAAGAAGAAGAAAUAAAGUAUUGCUUUUGCAUUAAAGUAUUGAAGCGUUGAGUUUGUAUGACAUGACAUGUCCUCUAAAUCCAUAUUAUUUAAUAUUUUCAAUGGUUUUAUCCAUCAUUUGUCUCAUUAUAUUUGGAAAUGAAUACAAUUGACUAAUUUUUUGAUAUUUUAUUUGUAAUUUGUGUUGAGGUCUGAGAGAACUUCCCAUUCCUUUAUAUUCUAUAGAAUUUUAUAUUUAAUAAUAAAAACAAUUUUCAAUUGAUUUGUUUCAAAAA